AUGGCUAAACCCUCUACUGUCGACAUCAUCAAUGGCCAAAUGGCCGAGCUCAAGGACCUCACGGAGGAUAUUGCAACUCUCGAUACCGAGAUGACCACCGCGGGACCCCAUAGACAGGUUAUAUUGUGCAAGCAGAGGAUGGGAAAUAUCUCCCGGAUGGAGAGUCUUAUUGAACAAAUUGAGUGCAUGAUUGGUACAAUGGAUGUCCACUGCAAGAAGACCAUGACUCGCCGGCUUCGCGAUAUUAUAAAGGUUAGGGGCCUUGAGAUUGAGGUAUGUAAUAACACCAAAGUUCCCAAGCACGGAGAUGAAGAAUCGGUGGGCUGGAAGACCAUUUGA